CUUUAUCUCUACAUUCAAAAUUACAAGGAUGGAAAGUAAACAAGCCUGAUUAUGUUACAACACGUAAUGCUGGAACAAUGCACCCAUCUGUUGGAUCUUCAACAGAAGAAUCAGCCAGUUUACAACCAGCAAUAUCUCUCUGUAAUGAUGGACAAGAGGUUGUCUUACAGGGGUUGGACAGGAGGGAAUUAAGGUUCCAUGCAGUAUGGUUGCGGUAUAACUGUCAGUGUUCAGACUGUGUUCAGCCUCACUCUGGUCAGCGGCUGUUAGAAUCAUGUCACAUCAACCCUGACACCAAUAUAGAAACAGCUUCCAUCAACGAAUAUGGAACAGAGUUACAUCUUAAGUGGGCAGACAGUCAGCAUGAAGGCCACGUAAAAUUGGACUUCCUAAAAAAACAUAGUUACCAUGGACACAAGGAACCAGUGUCUCGAGACCAGGCCAACAGAUUGCCCAGUAUUAGCUAUGAGGAGGUGAUCAGUGGAGACAAAGGACUCCUCAGGUGGUUACAACAUAUCAACCAAGAUGGGAUGUGUCUGGUUAAAGGUGCUCCAACCGAGAUGACGACAUUGAUGGAGCUGGUGGAGAGGGUAGCUCCAGUCCAGACUACCAUCUAUGGAAAGUUAUUUGGUGUUGAGAGCACCCCUAAUCCCAUCAAUGUGGCGUACACAUCAGUGAAGUUAGAUUACCACAUGGACCUUGUGUACUACGAAUCCCCACCUGGCCUACAGUUCCUGCACUGUAUAAGGUUCGACGACUGUGUAAUCGGGGGUGAGAAUUACAUGCUGAAUGUUUCAGCGGUGGCUGAACGCUUCAGACGACAACAUCCUGCUGACUUUGACAUUCUCACUAAAGUCCCUGCCACAUUUCAGAAAAUCCACUUUGCUCGCUCAGAACCUGUUAAGAUGAAAUAUCAACGACCCCACAUCAACCUUAAUCACAGGGGCGAGAUUGUUAAUGUGAUUUGGUCACCACAGUUUGAGGGACCGCUCAAUGUUGACUACAGUGAUGUGCAGCCAUACUACAGAGCGUACCACAAGUUUUCUCAGGCCAUUAAAAAUGACAAGAAUUUUAUAGAGCUGCGACUUGUGCCUGGAGAGAUACUGUCCUUCAACAACAGGACAAUCCUACAUGCCAGGAAAUCGUUUGAACUUAAUGGCGGGGUACGCAAACUACAAGGUUGUUACCUCAACAUUGAUGAGUACAAAUCCAAGCUAGCUGUUCUAGCCCAUCUCCAUGGAGACGAUGAAGAGGUGAAGCAUGUUGGCAAUCAAUGCUGGUUCUAAGUAGCACUGCUGACGUAGUAACUGCUUUUAGAGGAUGACAUGGGCAUUGUGGGAAACAUGUAUUUUAUAGAAUAACUGAUCUUAUAUACAUAUAGAAUUACAAUAGACAAAGCCUAUAUAAUUCCUUACUAGUAUAAACAAAUUGAAAGAGAUAUAUUAUAUGGGAGAUAUUUUAAUAAUCGUAAGAUAUUUACAUGGAAUCGAACUCUAAUUCUCUAUAUGUGAAUGAGCCGUGGAAAUUAUGCUGUGCUCACAUGCUCAAACUGGUUUGUUUAAAAAAAUUGUGGACUGGCAACCAAGUUUGAUCAAGCGUACUGGUUGCUGCUGUUACAGCAAAUAAAAGAAUUGAGUAAAUUCACAACAUCAUGUACGACUAUACAGAGUCAACGUUUGUCUAUUGGACAAAAAUUAAAGACAAGUUAAACAUGAAAAGCCACAAUGAAUUGGAAGAGAACUACAUGGCAUUUGAUAGACAGAUGACUAUCAUUAGAUAAUUAUUACUUACUUUACUUAUGAAUUGUUGAUGUAACUGAGCAGAUUUGGUGGAAAUUUAAUUAAGAUCGACCAAUAGGGGAUUCAGAAGUUUAGCUAAAUAAAGUUGUAUAUCUGUAAACAAAAACAUGGAGAGUGGUGCUUUUAAUACCACAUAAGGAUUGGGAGAUUUAAGUGGUGAUAUUAAUACCACAUAAGGAUUGGGAGAUUUAAGUGGUGAUAUAAAUACCACAUAAGGAUUGGGAGUUUUAAGUGGUUAUAUUAAUACCACGUAAGGAUUGGGAGAUUGAAGUGGUGAUAUUAAUACCACAUAAGGAUUGGAAGAUUUAAGUGGUGAUAUUAAUACCACAUAAGGAUUGGGAGAUUUAAGUGGUUAUAUUACUACCACAUAAGGAUUGGGAGCUUUAAGUGGUGAUAUUAAUACCACAUAAGGACUGGAAGCUUUAAGUGGUUAUAUUAAUACCACAUAAGGAUUGGGAGCUUUAAGUGGUUAUAUUAAUACCACAUAAGGAUAGGGAGCUUUAAGUGGUGAUAUUAAUACCACAUAAGGACUGGAAGCUUUAAGUGGUUAUAUUAAUACCACAUAAGGAUUGGGAGCUUUAAGUGGUUAUAUUAAUACCACAUAAGGAUUGGGAGCUUUAAGUGGUGAUAUUAAUACCACAUAAGGACUGAGAGUUUCAAGUGGUGAUAUUAAUACCACAUAAGGAUUGGGAGCUUUAAGUGGUGAUAUUAAUACCACAUAAGGAUUGGGAGAAGACCCAGUCCGCUAGCCAUACUUGAAUGGAAGCCAGCACAGACAAAUUGACUGUACACUCACUUUUCUGUGAUGGAAUCAGACAGUUGACAAAUGUAGACCAAGGUGACUUUUAGCUCACAUGGCACAGAGUACUAGUGAUCUUAUGGUAUGGGGAAGGAUCUAUAGUCCAUGUCUCGGUCCUUCAACUUUUAACUUCUAGAAAAAUAUAAACAUCUGGGUACUGAUAUUUGUCCAGGAGGUACCAGGGAUAGAGUUAAAUAAAGUUUCCUUAAAUGAAUGACCUUGACCUACUUCAAACGUCACAGGGGUCAAAUAUGUUAAAAACUUGAAUAAUAUUCUGCUUAAGUUCCAGAAGACCCCGAGGUAAGAUAUUUCACCAACAGGUACCUAGGAUAGAUUGUCAUAAAGUGUCCUCAUAUAAAUGACCUUGACCUAUUUUCACAAAAAAAAACAACCCAAAAAAACAAAAACACAAUCAUUUUAUUCUGUCCUGGUUAAAUCAUAUGGAGUCAUCCAGACGAUGUGUGAAUAUUUUUUUAAUAUAUAAUUUUGGUAUGGAUGAUUACUUAUGUGAUUGAAUGAAAAAGAUGUGAAAAUUUCUUUUUCGAAGUUUGAACAUUUUAAAAUUGAGAACUUUUAAUAUUCAAACUUUUGAGAGAGGAAGGGCAGGUAGAAGAUGCCCUAGCUGCAACACCGGAGUAGGUGAUAAUAAAGUUUAUUUGUAAUAAUGAAGACAUAUAUAUCAUGUCCUGCUAAAUUUAGUCGCCCAAAACCAACACAAAGUUAAAGGACUGUUCAUGUUUUUAAUAAAACUUGUUUACAAUAUAAAGUAUUAUGCAUUAUGUAUUUUAUAAUGACUUUAUUGUUAUGUUUGUAUUUUACAACAGCACAGCUGUAUAUGACUGUAUCUUACCAUGUAUACAUUUUAUAUCUGUAGAGCUACCUUUUAUAUGCCAUUGCCUGCCAUGCACUAAAACUGCAUAAUAUAUGACCUGAUGUUGGAAAAAUAAAAUAUCAAAAAAUGUC